CCCCCAAUUUCUGAUUUAUUUCCUGUUGUGGUAUAUUUUUCUGACAGUCUGAUUUACAGGUUGCUAUCGCACGGUAUCCACCAGUACAUACUCAACCAAGACACUGGACCAUUGGCGCUCCCCCCACUUUUGCGCAACGUGCGCGGGGCGCUCUUUCCUGGUAAUGCGCCAGGGAAGGGGACGUUGGUUGCUCCAGAAGGGGAGGAGGGGUUGAGAGUGUUGAAGAGGAGGUGCGCUAGGGGGUUAUGGGGGCUGUUGGGGGGGAAUGUUGCCAAAAUCUACUUUGGGCUUUCACCGUUCAGCGGUGGUGCUGCUGCUGCUGCUAAGAAAACUACACUGCAAAAGGAAAAGGGAGAUGUGUCCUCUGAGGGGAGCUCACCUUCUUCGUCAGGGGAGGACGGCAGCGGGAAAAAGAAAGCAGCGAGGUUUGAUGAUGAUCUUGUUAGUAGUAGUAGUAGUAGUACGCAGGCUAGGGAAGGAACGGACCGCGGCCACGGCCACAGCCAACACCAACGACACCACCGCAAAAAGGCUAACAAGGAUGAUGCUAGCCGUCGGGGGCGCCGGAGGACAACAAAAAGUAAGGCUGCAACACCAACGACGGUGUCUGCUGAUGAAGAAGAAGCGACGAUGACACCAGAAGAAGAGGAGAUUUUCUCUGAAAUCGAGAGAGGGAUCCUGGACGUCUUUUCUGACGCCUACUGCAACAAGCAUUUGGUUUACGGCCUUGUCGAGCUGGUACUGGUGAGGUUGAUGCCCGAGAUUGGGGAGAGGGGGGUGCUGGAGCUGUGGGCGGAAAGGGGGGUUGAUUGUACUUAG